AUGGUCUCUAUCCUGCUCCGCUGUGCGCAUGUCCAGUGGCUCGAUCUUGAUCAAACCGACUCGCAUUGGACACUGACCGAUUCGGGUCGGCUUCGGCGCAUCAUCAGCGAUCUGCCGCAUCCCGAUCGGCAGCAGCCAUCCGUGGUGUUCUUCGUGGGCAAGCGCUGCAAGGCCGAGACAUUACGAGCGCUGUACACCAGCAACAACGUGAGCAGACGAGCGGCGCAUGGCGUCGCCAACGUUCUGCUCGACCAGACCAGCGAUAUGGCACCGCACCCGGUCUUGCUGGCUGACUGCACCCUGGAUGCCACACCCACAAGCCUGGCUGGCCCGUGGAGGAUGUGUCAUGAGGCUCAUCGGGUCACCCUUGCUCAGCACGACCUGCUCGACCAGGACAUGGUCGCCUUCAUUCAGGUCAAUCUGCUCUUCUCUUUCUCCCACGUGGUCUGUGUCUUCGCGGAUGAUCUCGGUGGUAAUCGUGCUGCCGCGAGGUAUGUCGAGAAGUGGACGAAACUGCGUCUCGGAACGGCAGGUGGGUUAGACGUUCGUCCACAUCUGCUGGUCGUGACCACCGAAAGUCGGGACAUGGAUGCCUUGAUGCAAGUCGAGUGUCAUUCGUGUUUCGACUUGACGUUCGAAUCGUUCUAUAUCGUGGUGCUCGAUAAGAUCGCGGUCAUGUCGAACCGCGAGAAGGUGCGGCGGAUACUCAAUCACGUGAUUGUGGAUGCCCGCCAACUGCGGCAGGAGCGACACCUGCUGCUGAGUGCUUCCGCCCUGGCAGAUGUCUUUUCGCGUGCCGUGGAGGCGAUCGGUCAAGACGCGACGACACGCGUCGACUUGCUGACGUUGUCGCAGCAUCCGGCACACUCACUAGCCCGCUCCCUGGUUGCACGUCGUCUGCAGCACUUCCUGUCGCUCGCCGUCGGGCCAUGCCCGACAUCGACCAUCGACCAGUUGCUUGCCUCAGCCUUGCUGGUGCAAGGAUAUAUUCCCACAACACACAGCUUUGCGCCUUCGAUCGUGUUUGACCGGUUUUUCCGACCCAUCCUCGACCUCGUUGCGCUACCUCCGCGCGAGUCCACGGGAGGAGGAUCCGUCACUGCUGUCAGCAUUCGAGAACAGUUUGCGUCGUUGUUCCUCCACUUAGGCAUCCACUGUACGGCUCGCGAUCUGCGCCGGCAAGUCCUUCUACGGCCAGCGGAGCGCACCUUGUCCUGCGGUCAUCCCAUCUGUGAAGAAUGUCUUGACGGAUACUACGCUCCCGGCUACGGCGUGUACACGUACGUGGUGGACGCGUGCCUCGUAUGUGGGCGUCAUGUGGCCAUGGCAUUCAAGGUCAAAGGUCCCACGGUGAUGCCAUCCCUGCUGGGCUUUGACGGGGGUGGCGUACGAGGCGUUGUCGCGUUGGUGCUGGCGCGACGGCUGCAGGACGCGCUGGAUGUGCCGUACCCGUUUUGGGAGUUUUUCCACUCGGUGGUGGGAACCAGCGUGGACGGGGUGAUCGCCCUCGAUCUGAUUGUCCACCGUUCGUCUCUGGAUGAGAGUCUGGCUCGCUUCCGGCGUUGGGUCACCCAGAUUUUUCCUCCCAAACCGUACCGCUGUCUGCCGCACUGCCACAAGCUGCGCGAUCUCCUCAUCUGGCUUGUCCGAGACAGCAAAUAUGACUCCCGGGUGUUGGAGACCGUGAUGCAACAGGCUUUCGGCACGACACAGCGGUUGUUCGAAGCAUCAUCGCAAAGCUGGUCCGGCCUCCGACUCGCCAUCAUGGCGACGAUGGCAUCCACGUCCCAACUCUGCAUUUUCACGAACUACGGUGGACGGGCUGACCAUCACCGGGACCCCGGCUACCGACUUCUCCGGCCCACCAAGAUGGCCGAAGAACCACUGGUUGCCCGCGUCACCGUGGCGGCACCGGGGUAUUUGCGGCCGAAGAUGGUCCAGGGUUUCGGCUUGCUCCAAGAUGGAGGACUGCGAGCCAACAACCCCAUCGAAGCUGGUCUGUGGGAGUUAGACUCGAUCUGGCCCGGUCACGCCCGGCCCCGCCUGGUACUGUCGGUGGGUACGGGCUAUCAAGGCUCUCCCGCUCACGAGCUGGGAGGCCGUCGAGGUUUCUGGUACGACAGUUUCAUGCCUCGUAUCAUCCGCGCCUUUCUCUCGUCUCCGUGCCUGCACGGGCAGAACAGUUGGAUCUCCCUGCUCAACCGAGUCGACAAGGCUGCGCAGGUCGAUUUCUUUCGCCUCAAUCUCGAGUUUGAAGAAGAGGAACCCGCGCUGGACGACGUGGCGCAGAUCCCCUGGUUGUGUGAACUCACGACGAAUACGACCUUGAAUCUCAUACCGUACCGGAAUGCCAUCUGGGCCUCGGCUUUUCUCUUCGAGUUGAUAGAGCAGCCUCUGCUUAGCCGCGGUCUUUACACUUGUGAGGGAGUCAUAUAUUGUAGCUUCCAGGACGCCCGACCACUGCUGCAGGCCAUCCGUCGUGCAUAUACAGGUCCCCACAUCGCGUUGGAUGCCAAGGUACUGUCUCGUUUGGGGGGUGAUGACGACUGUUGUUCCGGGUGUGGGUUCUUUCAGUCCCGCGUCAAGUUUGAGGUACGUCACCUGGACAUCACAGUCGAUCUCAGCAUUGCUUUCGAGAAGGAGACGCGCCGUCACAUCUCCAGCUUCCCCAACACCAUGCAAUGGUUCGUGGACAAGCAAACCCGCGACGGACAGUUGAGGUCGUGGCAUUCGGUCGCCAAAUGUCCCUGCUCUGGCUCAGAUCGAAAGCGGAAGACAUCCUGGUCAGGAGGGAGCGCUUCGAAAAGGGCGAGGAAUGGUUAA